AGAAUCAGAAGCAUAUACCGCUAGUGUUGGGAUUGCUGUUGUUGGUGCUACCCUUCCUUCCAGCGAUGAAUCUCCUCGUAACAGUGGGGUUUGUUAUAGCUGAACGAGUUCUGUACAUUCCGAGUUUGGGAUGUGUAUUGCUAAUAGUAUACGGAAUACAAUUACUUUGGAAUGCCCACAUUCGACAUCGCCAAACAAUUGUGGGAUUAACAAUUUUACUAUUAAUCACAAGUUCGUUUAGGGUAGUUAUUAGAAAUAGGGAUUGGCGCUCCAGAGAGUCGUUGCUGCGAGCUGGAUUGUUAACACUCCCCCACAAUGCGAAGAUGCAUUACAAUUAUGGGAACUUUCUCAGAGACACGGCAAGACCUGAAUUGGCAAUAGCGCAUUAUAAUGUCGCACUGAGGUUAUGGCCCAUGUAUGCAAGUGCCCAUAAUAACUUAGGAACAUUAAUAUCCAAUGAAGCAGAAGCGGAGGAACACUUUCUGGCGGCAAUUCGUUAUUCUGCUGACCACGUAAACGCACACUACAACUUGGGUCAACUUUAUAGGAAGGCAAAUAGAAGCUCCGAAUCCGAGCACAUGCUAAAACGUUGCAUAAGACUGGAACCAACAUUUACUCCGGCCUAUAUAGAAUUAGCAAGACUUGGUGGACCUAAUAAUCCAAGCGUAGGACCUUUAUUAAUAAAGGUCGCUUCAUUAAACCCCACUGAUCCUUAUUACAUAACUUUAUAUGCUCACUGGCUCUUAGAUAAAGGAAGUUAUAUAAAAUCUAUAAAAUACUAUUGGAAGGCGUUGGCCGCGUCAAAUUUCCAUCAGGAAUCUAUGCUUGGUGCCUCAAGGAUUUUAAAGAAGUUUGGCCAAUAUUCUAGAUUGUUUCAACUCAUUACUAGGUGGCAGUCUAUAAUUCGACACCGACGUGGAGAAUCUCCCUUAAACCCUCAUCUGUACUUGCACGGGUGGCAGUUGAAGACUGAACUUAGUGGAAAAGCCAAAGCAUAUGAUCCAGACAAUACAUUGAUACCCGUCAAACAUUGCAUUUAUGUUAAAUCCGUCAACAAUCCUACCCCUAAGGACAUUUCUUCAAAUUGUACUUGCAGAACAUCGAGUAAAACGGUUCUGUGGACGAAAAAUGACCCUGUGCGUAAGUGUAACGUUAACCGGACACGUUCAAAUAAAUACAAGCCUAGUACGCCAAUAAUGAUUCAACAUUUACUGGAUACCGCCUAAAUGACUUUGUAUUCAAAUUGUGAUUUCGCAAAUAGUGUUGUAAAAUAUGUAAGAAUACCAAUAAAUGUUAGUCAGUUAGCUAUUAAAUUAUGAAUAAUAAAAAAAUGUAAAGUAUAUAAAUUAUUUUUGACAAAUUGUAAUAUGGUGAAGUCAAACGAAUGAGGUAUAGUUGUUAUUAAGAAUGCUUGCCUGUUGCACAUAUACGCAUAUGGUAUGUUUCUCGCGUUAAGUAGACUUAGAAUUGAAUAAAAUGUGAUUUAUAGAAAGCUAAAGGCACCGUUCUGCAAAACGUAUAAUCUGGCCAUCGCAGUACCUUAAAAAAGCUUAGCUAGUCGAGUGACGAUACCUGCAAUUUCUUCAUAACGAAAUAUGGAUAUUUACAACAUAUCUUAAUCGUCUUAUAAAACGCGCAGUCUGAUUUAUUUGUUACACGGUAGUGUCUAACUAUUAGUAAUUUCUUCAAUUCAUGUUCAGGCGCUGAGCAAGGAAAAGACUUUAAUUUGGAAAUUUGCAAAGAACUGCAAUGACCAGAUUAUCAAAUUAUUCCACAAUUUAGCUAUUAAAACUUAUUUAAAAUCCAGACAGUAUUAUGUAGAAUUUAAGCAAUAAAGCUCAAGCAUUGUACGAUCAGUAUAUUUUUUAAUUAUACUGUCCAAGUACUUUUCGCCAAUAAGAUAUCUCAUUAUUGUGAUGUGCAAGGGUAAACGCAGUGGAAUUGACCCUAAGCUGCUUUGGUUUAAGUAUUUACACUUAAUUAUCUACUUCUAAUAAGUUCUCGAAUUUAUAUAUGACGUUUGUUUAAGGCAUAUCAGCAGUAUUGGAAGUCAGUAUUUCAAAAAGAAGUAUCUACGAAUGCCCCCAAUUCUUGUCCUAUUCUAGUUUAUUCGUGUGAUGAUGCACAAGAUACUUAAAAAAAAUUAGAUAGUUUUGGGGGUUGUUAAUGUAAAAUAAUAAGAACCAAAACCGGUAACAGUGUUUUUAGAAAGUUACAAAUGCUAAUAUUUUUUAAAUUUAUGUAGUGAAGCAAUAUUCAUAGAUAUAUUUUGUUAUAACCUAUUGUUUAGUAUUACAUAGCUAAUAUUAAGCUCUUUAACUUAGACAUUUCAAAUACCAUAGGUUACCUGUAAGUAUAAUAAUAUAUAAAGCUACUUAAGAGACUUCCUACUUGUAACGACGAUUUCUUUAUUAGACGGGGGCCAUUUUAAUAACUCUGUAUACUGACUUAACCAGACAAGGGAAGUAUUGUCGCUAUAUCCAAUGGUUUAUAAGUUAUAUUAUGUAAUAAAG